UCAUUUUCUCCACAGCCUCAGUACAUUGUACUCACUCCGCCCCUACUCCAGCACGAUGUCCAGAAGCACAGCUCCGCCGAGGAGGUGGUCCAGAUGUCUGCGAAGACGGCGUACCUGCCUGGUAGGCGGUGCCAGGGGACGCAUGCCACUGGUUCGGAUUCACCGGACAGGAAGGUGUCUGUGAGAGAAGAUCCCAGUCGCGAUGACUGGGAGGCAUGGAAGCAACAGUUUCAAGCUCAACUAAGAAAGAAACGUUGCCGAACCCCAGGGGCAGAUUGCUCGGCCAGAAUGAGGAGGUGA